CGCGUUGAUGGAGGUCGAUUCUCUAUGCGUACAGCAUCCAAUGGCAGAGCUCCUAAUCAGUGUUUGAGUGGUAAUCAGCAGACUACACGUAACAUAAAGCCUCCGUUUCGGAUUAAUGGUAGUACGAAAACUGCAAAUCCACAGAAAGAAAGUGCUGAAAUGACAGCGUGGUUGAGACGGAAGGACUACAACCCUAUGAAGGCUGCAGCCGAAGCGCGGAAAUUGCAGCAGUUAAAAUCACGGAGUGAACAGUUUACGGCAAAUCGUUCUAUUUCUUUCCAUCAGGGCAGCACGCCAAUGCAUUUGAAAGCGCCGCUAACUUCCAAUCUGACGCGCUCUCGACACAAUAGAUCGCAAGAUAACUUAUGUGAAGAAAACUCAUCUGCCUCACGUUCCGUUUUAGCAACCUACUCAAAAGGUGUGACAGAAGAUUUGAACCGGUUGAAACUUGCAGAAAAGAAUGCGGACACUUCUGUUGAAGCAAUCGGCGUACAGAAGGCAGUUGACCAAUUAGCUUUAAAAUGUUAUAGGAGUAUCGAUCUCAUCAGGAGUACUCAUCAAGGCCGUCUCCCCGAUUCCGUUGAAGAUCUUUUGGAUCGCGCUACGCAACCGGUUUCGAAAACGGAGUACACAGUUGCUGAACAAGUAUCGAGGCUCUCUGCAGCUUUCGACGCCAUACAGAAAUAUUUAGAAGUUUCUUCUUGUGCAUCCCCAUCUCCAAGCUCUAUAAACAGUGGUCGGGCUUCACCCAAUCAUCAACUGGACAGUGGUGCAGAGCCAUCAGUUUCAUAA